UCAGAAAUCACGAAAUAAACAUCCUAAAGUUUAUUUUUAUUAUUUUUAAAAAUGUUGUCUUUAAGUAAGUGGCUGGAUCGCUAUGAAUCAACUGAAGAGUCUACUGAACACGACACAGAAGAUGAAGAAGGUGUAAUGUAUGAGGAUAAUGUGGUUAUAGAUGAAAUCGAAAUAAUCGAUAUAAAAAGAAAAUCAACAAAAGAAAAUUCAACACUUAAACCAGCAUUUCAUGAAACAUUAGAAAGUGUUAAGAAUUUGUGUCGUGUCUGCAGUUCAAAGGGCUUUAUAAGCAUCAGUUCUAACAUAACAAGAAAUUAUUUUAAAAUUCGUCCAUCCAGUGAUAAAAGACUUUGGAAUAAAACAAUUGGAGAAAUUAUUGCUGAAGUGUCUGGAGAAAAGGUUUCACCUAAUGAUACAUUGCCACAAUUUAUAUGCCAACAUUGUCUUGGAUAUCUUCAACAUGCCUUUGAAAUGAGAUUAAGAAUUCGUUCAAAUGCAGCUAAUUUAAGGACAUGUCUUGCCGAGAAAGAGGGAGAAUCAUUGCACCUUGAAACCAGUCAAAUUGACCAAAGAAAAAUAACUAAACGUGAAAUUGAAGAACUUGAAGACGAAACGAAUGAAGAUGGACAUUUUAUUGAUCAAUUCCAUGGAGCCAACAUCACAAUAUCAUCUAAUCCUUACAAACCAACAGUCAAUCGUGUGCUGGAACAUAAUUGUCCAUCCUGCAAGAAACGAAUGAUGUCCGUACAGUCUCUUAACGAACACACCGAAGUUUGCGAAAUUAGCAUUCUUGAUUCAUUUUUUACAUCUUUCAAACAAAUUUACACUUUGCGAUUCCGUUUCCAAAUAACAACAAAAGAGUUUGUUCUACAUGCAAUUAAAAUGAUUAUUGACACUCAUAAUAAGCUGAAACAGAUUAUCGAAAUCAAUAAUAUCGAUACUAACAGUAUAACAACAGAAAUUCCACAAUUAGACGAAAAUUUACAACUUAAACCACACAAACAUUUUUCUAGACGCAAUCAUCUCUCUCCUGAUUACGGAUACAUGAGUGGGGACAGACAAUGUUACUCGCAUCGUUAACUCUCAUAAUCGUAAAUUACUCGUAAAGAUUAAAAGUUCAUUUUCAUUAAAAGUUUUAACGAUAAUUUACAUUUGAUGAAUGUAUUUUGAAUUUAAUCCAUUAACUAAAUUUAUUGACUUUAUUAUCAUCCAUCGUUAAUAAAUAUUUACUUUGAAAACGUGUAAGAAAUGUCAUAAAUGUUUGUGGAAUAAAUUUCUUUGUGUUUAAGUUGUAAAUUCUUCAAAAGUGUUAAGCGAAGCAAUCGACAAAUAAAAACAACAACACGCCAGUCUCUGCUUUUUUCUCAUUUUUUAAGCUUUCAGCAAGAUCUAAAUCUAGAAAUGAAAAC